CGGAAUUCGAGCUGGGGUCCAUUCGCCAUCGUUAGCAAUCUCUAUCGAACCGCACCCUGCACCACUACACGAGGCAGGCAGUGAAGGAGACCUUAUCAGUUGCGUUGCUAACGACGCCAACGCCCUGCCCGCCAUCGUAACACCCAGUGCUCUACGUCCCUAACCAUCCUUGACGUACACAGACACCACUUCUUGAGUCAUGUCAAAUCAGAAACGUCUCGUCCUGUACACCUCUCCGACCGGUAACGGGCGUCAGGUCCCGAUCUUACUCGAGGAGCUCAAGUUAAUCUACGGCCCUGCAAUCGACUACGAAAUUGUCCUUAUUGACCGCAAGAAGGGAACACAGAAGGAACCCUGGUUUCUCGCCCUCAACCCAAAUGGCAAGAUCCCUACGCUCGUUGACAGAGCUCAGGAGAACUUUGCCGUAUUCGAAUCGUCCGCCAUUCUGUUGUACCUUGUCCAGACGUUUGAUGUCGACCGCCGGCUGUCGUUCGAUCCUGCAACUCACCCGAAAGACUAUUCGGAAAUGAUGCAGUGGCUCUUUUACGUGCACGGCGGUCUUGCCAUAGCCUAUGGUCAAUCCGUCCAUUUCACCGAACUGGAGGAGGAAGUCCCAUACGCGAAGAAUCGAUGGCUGACUGAGCUUGAACGACACUUUGGCGUGCUCGAGAGCCGACUCAUCAAUCGAAAGUACCUUUCCGGUCCAGGAGAUGGUACUUACAGCGUGGCUGAUAUCAAAGCCAUGGUUUGGGCGGGUCCAAAAAUGCUAUCUCGACUUGGGGUGGGGCCGAUUGACAAGUGGCCGAAUGUCAAGGCAUGGCUCGCUCGCAUCGAGGAACGACCCGGUAUCAGUGCCGCAGAGAAGGCGCUUCAAUAGUAAUCUUAGCAACUGAACAUUUUGUACGAUUAGCCUAUCUUUGAAGUGUACCCCAUCUACC